GUCUCGGCCACCCGGCCCAAUAAACGUCCGCUCUCGAGGCACCUCCUACUAAACGGCCUUCUGAUUGGUUCUCUUCGCUUGUCAGCGCUGUUGCCCUAGAAACCAGACUGCGAGGACGCGGCGGCCGGGCCUGCAGGCCACUGGCUACCAGGCCCUGGGGCUCUGCACCAGCCCUACACCCUUCCAGGACCAUGUCGGUGCGGACGCUACCGCUGCUCUUUUUGAACUUGGGCGGGGAGAUGCUUUACAUCCUGGACCAGCGGCUGAGGGCCCAGAACAUCCCGGGAGACAAGGCCCGCAAAGAUGAAUGGACAGAGGUGGACAGAAAACGAGUUCUGAAUGACAUCAUCUCAACCAUGUUCAAUAGAAAAUUUAUGGAGGAAUUGUUCAAACCCCAAGACCUCUACUCCAAGAAGGCCCUGAGGACUGUCUACGACCGCCUGGCUCAUGCCUCCAUUAUGAGACUGAACCAGGCCAGCAUGGAUAAGCUCUAUGACCUGAUGACGAUGGCUUUCAAAUAUCAAGUGUUGCUGUGCCCCCGUCCUAAGGAUGUGUUGCUUGUCACCUUCAACCAUCUGGAUGCCAUUAAGGACUUCAUCCGAGACGCCCCAGCCAUCCUACAUCAAGUGGAUGAGACUUUUCGGCUGCUGACUGACACAUACGGGGGUCUCUCUGCUGGGGAGUUCCAGCUGAUCCGGCAGAUGCUCCUCAGCUUCUUCCAGGACCUGCACAUCCGAGUGUCCAUAUUUCUAAAGGACAGAGUUCAGAAUUCUAAUGGUCGCUUUGUGUUGCCAAUGUCCGGGCCAGUUCCCUGGGGAACUGAAGUUCCUGGACUCAUCAGAAUGUUCAACAACAAAGGUGAAGAAGUAAAGAAGGUAAACUUCAAGCACGGUGGAAACUAUGUCACUGCACCAAAAGAAGGUUCUUUUGAACUUUAUGGAGACCGCUUCCUGAAGCUGGGAACCAAUAUGUACAGUGUGAAUCGGCCUGUGGAAACGCAUAUGUCUGAAGCAUCAAAGAACUUAGCUUCACGGACAGAGGAAAGCCUGGCUCCAAACCCUCUUGCUAAAGAAGAGCUGAAUUUUCUGGCCAGGCUGAUGGGAGGAAUGGAAAUUAAGAAACCCUUAGGUCCUGAGCCAGGAUUCCGGUUGAAUCUCUUUACCACAGAUGAAGAGGAGGAACAAGCAGCAUUAACCAGGCCAGAAGAGUUAUCCUAUGAAGUUAUCAACAUACAAGCUACUCAGGACCAGCAAAGAAAGGAAGAGCUGGCUCGAAUCAUGGGGGAGUUGGAGAUCACAGACCAGCCAAGACAGAGUGCCAGCAAGGGGGAUGAUUUGCUCGCCAUGAUGGAUGAGUUAUAGCUCUGCUGACUAGGCACCCUGCCCCACCACGGGAGAGGCCCCAGGGUCUCAAAUGAUGCUGCUAGUUUUCUAGUGGGUGAAGCCAUUACCUCUCAUUCCUGUUUAUAUUGGAACUAACUGUGCAAGGCUCCCUCAGGAAGCACCCGCUCUUGAAGGCACACACAUAUAUUUUUAGCAAAAUAUAUUCUGGCUUUUAAAUGGGACCAUUUCCAUUUUCUAAUUCUAUGGCAACCGUCCAAAGCAUCCUGGGCUGGGGGCUUGACCCCAGAGUCAGGAAGGGGAAGUGCCUCCUGCCCCUUUCAGGUUAACUCUGACAGCUUUCCUGCAGGGAUCUGCAUCUCACAGCUGCCUGUGGAUCAUAACGACGACUUCAGAGCUUUCUGGGAUGCAUUCUGCCUUGUAGUUGAGUCUGAAAUAGGUAGAAGAAGCAAGUCAAACAGUUGGGACCCAGUUUAGACAGCCCUCCUCUCCCUGUAACCUCAGAGAGGCAGAGUAAGUAAGGCUGUGACAGGGAACACUCAGCCAGGCUCCGAGCAGUGGCCUGCGGUUGUCUGUAAUCUCUGCACAUCUCUAUCCAAUGUGACUGUGGGUUUAUUCUGCAUGGAGAGGUGUACUAAGAAAAUAUUUUGCUUUUCAGCAUGACAUGUUCUCCUUACCCCCAGAGUCCUCCUCUGCCACUUAAUGUUCUUGCCUUGUAAAGACAACCAGCGUGAUGUGCCGUGACAUCUGUCUCCUCUCCUUCACCAUCAGCCACCAAGCAGAGCCUUAGGUUGGAUACAUGGGAGGCAGUGUGUGGUGUGCCAGUUUACCAUCUGUGUACCAGCUGAGCUACUUCCCUUCAGAAGGCAGGGUGCCAAGGUGAAUUGGGAUCCAUGUAAAAUAUUUCAGGCCUGGGCUGCCUCCUUGUUUCAGGAAAGAGAGUUAACCCUCAGCCACAUGGUCCCACUGGAGAUUGAAUAACAGGCGGGGUCUGGACCACCAACAUCUAGGGAUCAAGGUCCAUUCAGUCUCAUGGGAGGAAUAUCCAGAAUGGCAGAGGGUAGGAGAGAAACUGAACUGAGCUGAUCGUCUCCUGAGUUUAGGCCAACUACAGGGACCCUCCCAUCCUGGGAAGAGUGGAGGCAAACUAGUGCUGGAAUGUGAGGACCAGGGAAGUUCCCCUUUAGUUGGUCCAAGGCAAAGGGUUUGGGUACAAAAAGGUAAACCACAGUAUAAAUGUAAGUUACUUCCUAUCCAUUAAAGUUAUGCUUGCUUAUCUACAAAGCACCUCCCAAAGGUCUGUUGGGAGAAGUGUAUCACACUGUAAAAUGCAUGUUCCAGGUUUAUAAAGUGCCUUCUGUCUCAGUCUCUUUGAAGCAAUCUGCCACCAGUUGGGGUGGCCCAACAAAGUGACAGUGAAGGGGAAGUUUCUGUCCUGUUUGGAGCACGGUUCCUACGACGCUGUAACAAACCUAAGCUUCACUGACAGCUCUGAGCAUGUCCUGGGGCCUUGGAAAUGGGCCAUGAGCUGCCGAGAAGUGGCCUCCUCCCUCCACCUAUCCCAGAGUGUUGCUGAUGAUUUCAAACGUAUCUGUCCUCUUGGUAAAUAAACAAGAUGUAGAUCUCUGGUAA